GUAGUGUUGGCCGCCUAUGGUGUAUAUUCGCCGCAGUACUCUAGCAACUGUAAACAAAAUAUUGUUUUUGUUUUCAUUUCUGUUUCUGUAUUGUUCGAGGAGUAAUUUCGCACAUAUUAAAUUGAAAGUAUUCAUUUGGUAUAAAUGGAAUCUUUGCCAUUAUCCGAAUAUCAAAAGAUAUGUAGAAUUUGUUUAAAAAAUGAUAUACUCGUAUCCAUUUAUAGUCUGACAUUUUUAAUACGGCCAAUUGAAAUGCUGGAAAAAUUGCAAAUUUUGAAGCUGCCUUUAGAUGAUACUUUACCCGCGUUGUUGUGUCAAUCCUGUUUAUAUCGUCUUUUGGAUGCCUACAACUUGCAGCAAUUGGCAGAAGCUUCCGAGAGGCGUUUAAGGGAGUAUUUUGGUCUACCAACUACGACUUCAGCAACAAGCAACUUAAAUUGCAACGAAAUGCCACCAAACUCGGAUUUAAUUAAACCUGAUACAGAUUGUUCCUCCGUUUCCAUGUACGCUAACAUCUGUGAUAUGUUUGAUCGUCAUGAGGUAACAAAUGAUAUGGUUGAAGUAGUUGGUGGAACUGAUGAUGUUGAACUUUUAAACGAUGUCGAAAUUGAUGUCAGUAGUUUGACAAGAUCUGAGGCAGGAGACACCUCACUUAGUGAUGUUUUUAUGACCACGAAGACGAAAUUAUCAUUUGGUUCACAGUUGCUGGCGAAAAAUUUGGAAAAUUUUAAACCGGAUUUUCCAAUUUCGACAUUUACUCAGGUUAAAUCCGAUAAAAAACUUGUCAACGUUAAAAAGUCACAAAGAAAUUCAAAAAAACGUUUGAACAAGACGUUAAAGCCACCUGAUAAAUGUUUGGAAUGUGGCAAAGUUUUCCACUACAAAGGAUAUUUGGAAAUACAUAAGCGUGUUCAUACUGGAGAAAGGCCGUUUAAAUGUCAGUUGUGUUCUCGUCAAUUUAUUACAUCAAAUAAACUUUUAUUACAUCAACGUACACAUAGCCGCAACAACAACGAUAACAGUAAUAAAAAUUAUAUUAACAACUCAUUAACAAUAUCAGCAACGUCACCAUCAUCAUCGACGACAUUAGCAGCAUUAACAACUGCCAAACGUUUUCAGUGUGAAAUUUGUUCGGCAUUUUUUACAACAUCGAGUAAUUUAAAAUCACACAAAUUCACGCAUACCAAUCAGAGGGUAUAUCAAUGUAAACACUGUUUGAUGGCAUUCAAAUCACCAAGAGAUUUAAAACGUCACGAGCCGUCACAUAAAACAAUUAAAGAUAUACACUGUACGAUCUGUGAGAAAUCAUUUACGAAACGUGCAUCACUUAAUGCUCAUAUGAUUACAGUACAUCGACGAAUACGUAAACAUAAAUGUACGGAUUGUGAUAAGAUUUUUGGCAAAAGAUCAAAUCUAAUUAAUCACAUGAGAAUUCACAGUGGAGAGAAACCAUUUGAAUGUCCCUCUUGUUCAUGGAAAUUUGCACAGUCAUCAGCGUUAAAAAGACAUAUGAAAAAGCAUGCAAAAAGGUUUGCAUUAUUCUAUACUUAUCAUAUAUCAUAAUUAAGCCAUUUAAAAUGUAUAAAUUUCUAGCACAAUUACAGGCCAACAAGAAACUCCCUAAUAUUAUGGUACAAAAUGGAAUUUAAAAUCUGUGAAAUGAAGAAUACAAAAACUUUCUGUUUGUG